AUGGCGAGCAGCAGCAGCAGCUACGCAUACACGAGCUCUGGGUCCAACAGUCAGGGUAACCCUAUUGGCGCCCGCGAUCAGGGCAGCCGCUCUUCGAACCCAAACUCCUACUCCUACCACUACACCAACACAAGCGAACCGCUCCACUACAACAAUCCGAGGAGCGGCGCGUAUUCCAACAAGAGCAACGGCCGGACGACGUAUACCUCUGCCAGCGGGUACCGAACAUGCUCAGGGUACGGCAAGAAGUAG